GCUACAUGUCCGAUUGAUGCGGCAUGCGGACUUGCUGCUGCUCUUGCUGCUGAUUGAUGGCAACGGAAGGCAUGGUGGCAUGCACGAUGAUCCCUCCUCUCUCCAUGCGAUUGCGUCUCUGAGCAGUCGGUGCCUGCGGCUUUGCGGAGGAGCGAUAGAGGUCGAGCUUGGGCAAAAAGCAAAAGGGACUGAAAGCCUUCAAGAACUUCUGUUGAGGAUAGAUUACGUGAAGGAGCAGAUGCUCAAGACCAUCGAAGAGUUGGGUUCAUUUCCCGUAGAGAACGUCUCAGAGACUUCCAGGAUAAUGGAAGAAAACGAACAUGGCAUGGAAGUCAAUUUGAGACAUCGCUCUCAAACAUGUGCACAUCCCGAAGGCUGCCUGGAAUCACCUGACAAGGGCUCGCUCCUCUGCAAGCUGCACUCUGCUCUGUCCGAACCUUCGCACGAAAACAGCAUGCUCAAAGGAAAAUGUAUUCAUCCUGCAUGCAACAGAACAGCUUCAUAUGGGUUGAGCUCAAAGCUAGGAGGAGCAACAGGGUUACGACUGCACUGCUCUGCUCAUCGCGAAGCCCUUGAGUCCGACUUGAAAUCAAAGCAAACUUGUUCGUUCCAGGAUUGUGUCAAAAGAGCGAUGUGGAAGAAGCCUGGAGACCUGGAGCCCUCAGCUUGCAAAGAGCACAAAGAAAAGGACUUCAUUCAUGUCCCUCCUAAUCGAUGCUGUCAGCAGACAGCAUGUGAUAAGGUUGCAAGAUUCGGCUACAGGGAUGAUCGGGUCAGACGAUUCUGUAAACUGCAUGCCAGCAGAUCUCAGGAUGACCUGGCGCGCGUUAUGUGCAAGCAUGCUGGCUGUAAGAAGCAAGCGUCAUUCGGCCUUCAUUAUCGAGCAACAGCCGAGUACUGUAUGUCUCACAAGCCAGCCAACUUUUCCAAUGUCAGGAAGAGAAACAAUCAUUCGGAGACUCCUUCUCCAGCUCCAACGCACAAGCCACACGUCGAAAUGCAGGCCCAGCCCACUGAGAAUGUCAGAGAGUUUUGUUGUUAAUAUAGUUGCACUGUUUCA